AUGGGCGACUUGAUGGGGGUUUCGUUGAUAGAGGCGGGCAUCAGCGGGCUGAGCCACUACCGCGUCUCUUGCCCCUUGGACCUGCGACUCACCGAGAUUCAGGCGUUCGCCCCGAAGCUGAUGUCUGCCGGCCAGUCCCACUACAUCACUUUCUACUUUGACAUGCGGCCUUUCAACCGCAAUACCGCGUUGUUCGGGCUCAGCAACACCAUCUUCGUGAUGAUUUUGCUGGUCACCGCCUCGUUGAUGUUCACCAACGACGCCAACCGCCUGGUGCUGCGCCCCGUGGAGAAGAUGAUCAGCCGCAUCGAGGCCAUUCGGGACAAGCCGCUGCUGGCGAUGAAAAUGGCCGACGACGAGUUCAAGGCGGAGGAGAUCGCCAAGGCGCGGAUUCAGCGGCAGAAGGAGAAGCCGCUGCACCGGCUGGCGCUGGCGGUGUCUGGGCUCUGCGAUAGCGGGAAGAAGGAGGUGCUGGAGACGGUGAUCCUGGAGAAGACCAUUAUCAAGCUAGGGUCUUUGCUGGCGCUGGGCUUCGGCGAAGCGGGCGCCGACAUCAUCGGCAAAAACAUGAGCGGCUCCGACUCCGCGGGCGUGAACGCCAUGGUCCCGGGCCGCAAGUGCGAGCGGGGACCUCAGGUCUGCGAGGGUUGCGGUCGAUGCGAAAAUGCGAGCACCCCCCUACCUUGUUUUGGUGGUUCAAAGGAAAACCACAAAGAAAGCCAGACAUUUGUUCAGGGGUCCCCUAAACAAGAGACACCCACAUGUAGAUGGGAAGGCAUGAAGAACAAGUAUUGCGACACAGGCAUGACAUCACAUGGCAAAACUAAACAUGACAGAGAAUAG